AUGACUAGAUGGGAGCCCACAUUGGAUAUUCUCAAUCAUCGGGAUCGGUCGUCUGAUUCCCGGUCGAGCAGCUCCAUUUCAAGGAGCAAGAGCAGUGAACGAAAACCACGCAGUCCCAGCCAUUCUUCUUCGACUCUCAACAAUGGCAAAGACUCCACUUACAGUUGUUCAACCUUGGGACGAGAAGACUCCGAAACCCGGGAGGAAGUCCAGACGCCAGACUGGAUCCCGUAUGCUUUCCGGGCUUCCUUCUUGAGCAUGCUCAGUCUGGUCGCCUUGGUCCUUUCUGCAAUUAUCUUCCUGUUAUUCUGGAGGUCCUUGACAAACUACGGUCUAGGUCGAGAUGAUGGUUCCUCGAUGCUUCUGUUUGGCUGGCGAUUUAGCCCAACUCUGAUCGCUGUGAUCUACAUCCAGCUUACUGCCAUGCUAUUCGAGGACGUUGAGCGAACAGAACCCUUUGCUCGCCUGGCGCGGACAGAGGGGGCAGAAGCAUCAGCGAGUCUUCUCCAAAGGCCAGGUGCCUGGUGGAAUGCUCUCUACGACGGUCUUUCUGGGAGAAAAGGUGGACGCAGCUGGGCACUUUUUUGCGCAGCGUUAGUCAACUUCCUCGGAUUCCUGGCGAUUUCGCCUCUAUCAUCUGCUUUCUUGUUCUCCAAGGAUGCAGUAGUCCCCCGAUCCAUUGACUUCGCCCGGCUUACACCUUUGGGCAACUCGCCUCUGCCUCUCGAUGCGGGUCACAGUGCCCGCUUCCGGACGAUCAGCAGUCUCCUGCAGAAUGUGUCAACAUCACCUUGGAUCACCGAUAACUACACCGUCUUCCCGUUCUGGCCGGCCUUCUGGCAAACGGCACCACUGAGUUCCUUGCCUUCAACGUCUGAGACAUGGCACGCAGAAACAAUGGUGUUCAAAAGUAACCUCCACUGCACCCCAAUGCUAACGGAGCGCGAGUCCACCACAAACGUGACCUGGGGCGCCUACGGCUCCAAGCCUACUGUUUCCAUCCUGUGGUCCUCCAUCGACGGAUGCAAGUAUGGGCUGGAAAUAGGCCAGGACGAAAACCUGUUCAAAAUUGGCGGCGGUAGCUGGUCUAACACGUCGACUUUCUUCAACGGAGAGGCGGCCCUCAAUUCGGCCACACCCAUGGUCAGAUCUAACCAAACAGCCCAAUGCAAAAACCGCGAGAUCCUCAUCGUUACUGAGCCUUGGACAUCCGAUGGAGCUAAGUACUCAGCCCAGCUUUGCGAAUCCAGCUAUGCCAUGGCAAAUCUCACGGCAUCCAUGACGUUAUCGAGCGGCGAGCCCCAACUAUCCUUCGACGAGGACGAAUUUCAUCGGAAGAAAGUGCCCAUCCCGGAUAACGUUCUCAACGCCACUCAAUUCCAAGAUCUUACUCUGAAUGCAGACUGGUCGACGUACAUGGUUUCGAUUAUACAUUUACAGACCGCCAUCCUGGGCGGUCCCUCGAUCCUUCUCGGGGCUCUUUAUGACUACAACAUGACUGCCCUGGUUAGGGAUCCAAAUAUGAUUGUCAAGGCUGCUAAGGCAAAGCAGCGCUACUUCGGCGAGGUUCUGCAGUCUGCCUUAACCCAUCCGGGUGCUUCUCAGAAGACCACAGUCCUAGGCCAGGUCUACGCUGUGGAAAGACGAGUGGUUGUGGUCGCCGGUUCCGCGAUUGCCCUAGGAGUGUUAUUCUUUCUGUCUUUCUGUCUUGUGAUUACUAUCUGGCAAUGUGCGAGGCUCCAGCGCCGGCCGCUGAAUCUGAGGAAUGACCCUGCCACGACGGCUGGUGUCACUUCCUUGGUGAUGCAGAACCCUAGAACCCGAGCCAGCUUCCAACCCUUCAAUCAGUCCUCCGCAGAAGAUUUACAAAUAGCAUUGGCUGGCAAGCAAUACUACACAGAUUCCGAGGGCCUAUCUGGUAUGACAGCAGCGGACGACAAGAUCACUGCACCGCCUUCGAUUCUUUCACCUCGGCCAACACACUGGACCCCAGCUCUCCUGCGGCUACCGGCCCUUCUCGCUCUGAGUGUGUUGCUCGUGAUCGUUGUUAUUGGCAUAGCCGUGCUCUUCCACUUCGCAGAGAAAUCGGGCUUGUAUCAGAAGGCCUUUGUCUACCAAAUCCGACUCACUUCCUUGAACAAAGGUCCCUCCUCGGUGGCCCCAUUCUCUAUGAUUCCCACCGUGAUUGCAGUCGCCAUUGGUCUGUGGUGGGGUGCCAUCGACGACAGGUUCCGGCGCCUUCAGCCUUUUCUGUCCAUGUCCAAGGGUAGUCAACCAUUGUUGCAGGGGGUGUUUUUAUCCUACCAGUCCUCAUACUGGCUGUUCGCCUCUGUCAAAGCUGGACUAAACCGGCACUGGUUGCUUUUCUUGGUCACAUUCGGAACGUCGCUUUCCCCGCUGUUUACUACCACUAUGUCCGCCCUUUUUCAGCACGGCCCUGGCGUUGUCACCAAGCCCGUUACGUUGGAACGCCAGCUAGAAAUCCGCGACAUCCCCCUGGUAUUCCGGACGGGGCAAGCAACGAUGCGCAACUACUCAAACGACUAUGCAGGUUCCAUUCUCGCAGACUUCUACCAAAAUCUUUCCGCGCACUGGAUGUACACCGCCACCAUCCAGCUGACCCUGAACGGCUCCGAGCCCGCAUGGAGCAAAGACGGCUGGAGCUUCGUGCCUGCCGACUUGAGCAACAUCAAACCCGCCGACUCUCUCCCCAAUGGCGAUGUGCAUGCAGCGCAAGCGAAUAGCGCCGCGGGAGGUUCCCAGACCAACGUUUCCUUCACCACAACCGCAAUCCGAGCCCGGAUCGAAUGCACACAGCCGCCAGUGGAUACCCUACGCAAUCUCUCGAACUGGCUGACACCCACCGACCUGGGAAACUCCAGUGUGUGGAAUGGGAGCACGAUCCCAGACGAUCUCGCCGGCGGCUGGCAGCUGGGAACGACGGCGCAGCGCGGCGGUCUCCCGCGUUUCAUCACGCCGCUAACACCCUCCCAGAACUGGACCGAGUGCCCCGGCUGCACGACAAUGUUCGUGAAUCCAUCGCAGGUGGUGUGCUGCAAGAAUGGGGGCAGCAGCAGCAGCGACCCGUACCCCAGCGUCGCUGUCGGGUACUGGUCCCCCAAUAGCAAGGUCACCAGAUGGACGACGCGCGACUGGCAGCACAAUUUUACGGCGAAGUGGGUGCAUGGCAGUGCCGUGUCCGGGGUUCGUAUGAAUGACGAUGUUGCUAAUGGCCAUGAUAUCGGUUUGCUGUUUCCUCGGCCGCCUUCGUUGACGCUUCUCAACUGUAUGCCUCUGGUCGAGACGGCCGAUGCUGAGGUUGCAGUAAACCCGACGAAUGGAGAGAUCCAGGCCUACCAUAUCACCAGUAAACCGGAGAAGGUGGCCAAUGCGUUUUCGGACAAUUUCGUGCCGCGGAAUGGGUCAUUUGAUGAUGGCGGAGUUACUUACUAUAACACCACACUGAGUUACGGACAGCUAUUCAUGGCCUCGAUGUUGACCGCCGCGGACACACUACACAUCCAAGGCGCACCCCGCGUGGGCAGCUACAACAUAGAAGACCUCAAAGACAACACCUACAACAUCCGCGACGAGAUGCACGGACUGAACAUGGACUUCAUGACCUAUGCCAUGUACAGCAUGGCGAAUAAGGACCCGGCGGCGCUGCUAGACGCGGAUCUAUUCACCCAGCUCGCCACAAAGACAUUCACGACCUUCUUCCAGCACUUUGUGAGCAACAACGUCUCCACCAGCACCGGCGGCUGGGCCUACCAGCGCGUAAACGCCAGUCUGCCGCAGGGCCUCGGUCCAGCGGUCGAAGACUAUCUCCCGGGAGCGAAGAUUCUAUCCUCGCAAAAAGAAGACAAUAAUACUUCCAGCAGUUCCUCGCAAAGGAAAAACAACCAACCCACAAUAGCAGCGCAUAUAUCCCACCGCGUCGAGCUACUCCAGAUGAACGCCGUCGCCGUCUGGCUCAGCAUCGGAAUACUAGCGUGGCUGAUCCUCACGACAGCCAUAAUCGCAGGGCUACAGCGGCGCUACUUCAGGAGCCUCGCACGAGGCAUUGAAUGUCUAGCCGAUCUGCUGGUGUUAGUGGCCGGCAGUUCCCAGUUAUUGGGGGUGAUCGACGAUCUGCAGAGUGGCAGGGUCGUGCAGUCGGAGCUGGGACAUCUGCGGACGAGACUUGGAUGGUUUGUGGGUGAUCAUAAUCACCAUCAUCAUCAGCGAUAUGAUUACCAAGGUGUUGAUAAUCAGCCUCAUCAUCAUCCUUGUCAUCCGGAUGGAGAGAUCCGAUGGGGGAUCGAGGUGGAGCAGGAUCACAGCGAGGGGGGUGUUGAUUGGGUUUCUGGGCCUGGAGAAUUGAGAGGAUCGGAAUUGGGAUUGGAUCGGGAUCGGAAGCCACGAGUUCCUACCUGUUCUCCAAGGGCUGGUUGGUAG